UACCCUUCGUCUCCCACUUCUGUACACGCGCUCUUAAUCACCUGCGUCUUUCUCUUUUUCAACUAGAUUGUUGAUUUAUUCUCCGCCUCACUUUCUGCUUCUGCUUCUUCCCAGUUUCAACUACUCACGUCGAUCGAGACCUCAUCAACCCUAAUUCUAAUCACUUUCGAAUAGUUCUGGUUCGAAUAUCAAACGAAGAUAGUUCUCUGCAUUCAUUUUAUCAUGUCUCACCUCUAUCUAAGAAUGGUGCUGCUUGCCGCAGUCGUUGCUAGUGGACUUGCAGCUAUCAUUCCUGUGGCUGCUGCUUACGAGGAUGGUAUUGGGCUAGCUAGCUCUUGUCCUUUCGGAACACGCGAUCAACUUGAAUCUUGCAAUACUGGUCACAAACUCGACAAGAAACAAGGCGCUUAUUCCUACGGAGAUGAUGUUCCGUAUCUUAACAUUACCUCUACCUCUGCGACCCUUACCGUCACUGUCACCUCGACUGAUGUAUUCACGGAGACUGUUAGUCCCCCGGUUUCUGCAACUGUCCUAACCACUCUGACUAUUGAUGUGUCUUUCACCGGUUACACGUCAAUGGCCACAGCUGCGGUGACCGCCACUUCUUCCGACACACCUAAUGUUGAAACUGUGACGACUACCUGCAACUGUACCCCUACUCCUUUUGGUGCCGAAAAUGGCAAUUUUAGUCGUACUACGAGGUGAGUAAUUUCUAUAUAAGUAGCACUUCUACCUGCCUUGGAAGAUCUCCUCAUAGCCUUUCGCUCACAUAUUAUUGAUAUACAGUAGGGCUCAGUCUAACCCAGAUACUAUCGCCAACACUGUCAUCCCGUCAGCGUGUAGCUGU